AUGGAAUCUGACAGUGAUGGUGAUAGUAAAUGGACUAUUUUUAGAGCUGCCACUGACAUGAAUGAUCCCCAAUUUACAUUAGGCAUGAAAUUUGCAACCAAGCAAGAGUUUAGAGAAGCAGUUCAGAGUUAUGGUUUCAAAAAUGGGAAAGAUAUUAGAACUCUUAGAAAUGACAAGGAAAGGGUUGUAGUUGAGUGUUCACUGCAUGGUUGUCCUUGGAGAAUAGGGUUGAGGAAAGUGGUUAACUCACAUUCUUGGAGGAUUCUAAACAUGGUUGAUGUGCAUGAGGGUUGUACUUGGGCUUGGGAGAAUUCCAUGGUAAAAGCAAGUGUGAUUGCAAAGAGGGAUGCAGUGUGUAGUAAAGAGGGGUUCUAUGCAAGUGACCAACAAGCCUAUAGGGCUAUUUGGAAGGCAAAGAAACAAAGAGUUGGUGAUGAUGAAGACAACUUCAAGAAGAUUUGGAGUUAUUGUGCUGAAAUGUCAAGGAAAAACCCUAAGACUACUUGUGUAGUGAAGCUUAGUGACUUAAUUGCUGAAAAUGGGCAGAAUAGAUUCUUGAGAAUGUACAUAUGUUGGAAAGCUAGCAAACUGGGAUUCAAACAUUGUAGGCCUUUAAUAGGUGUGGAUGGAUGUCACUUGAGAUGUGCAACAACUGGGAUGAUGCUGACUGCUGUGUCUGUUGAUGCUAAUGAUAGCCUUUUUCCACUUGCAUAUGCUAUUAAGGGUUUAAUCCCUGCAUUUGUGGAUGUCCUGCAUGGUGUGGAGCACAGAUUCUGUGUCAAGCACCUACAUGCUAAUAUGAAGGUAGCAGGGUUUCAAGGUAAGGCAUUGAAAGAUGCUUUAUGGUCUUGUGCCAGGGCAACAACUCUGAAUUCCUACAAUGACUCUUUAAGGAAACUUACGGCAUUAGAUGAAGAUGCAUAUCAGUGGUUAGGUGAUAAGUCUCCUAGUGAAUGGUCUACAUCUCACUUCUCAACACACAACCACUAUGACAUGUUGGUGAACAACAUAUGUGAGUCUUUUAAUUUAUCCUUACUUGUGGCUAGGGACAAGCCUAUUAUAGACUGCCUUGAAACCAUAAGGAAGAUGCUAAUGAGUAAAUUCUUUGAAAAAAAGACAAAAGGCAGCUGGUUGGAAGACACGGAUAUGCCCAACAAUUGUUGGAAAGUUGAAGAAAGUUGA